AUGGUGCAGAUCAAUAAGAUAUUGGCUGCUGCUGCUCUUGCCAACUCAAUUCAAGCUGGGCUUAUCUAUCCUGUAAAAGAGAUUGAAACUCGUGAUGUCAUCAGCGACAUUGUAAGCGGAGUUGAGGGAAUCUUGGGAGAUGUUGUUGGCGUUGUUGGUGGUAUUCUUGGUGACGUUGAUGAUAAACUUCAGUGUAUUGCAGACGUCGUACUCGGGGGUGAUUCUAGCAGCGAACCUCAAUUCGUGACAGCAAUCCUUCUUGCAAAUGGAUUUUAUAAUCAAAAAGUUUCUGGUUCUGAUUCUGCAGUGAAAGCUCUUAUCAAUGAAAUCGUAAAAAAGAACCCAGGUUUGAUCAACAGUUUGGUCAGCGAGCUUGGUUUAGCUUUGAAGACCAACACAGAGGCUGUUGAAGACGUUGCUAAAGUAUUGAUUUCUUUCCUCGAAGCUCUCAUUCAAGUCUUAGUUCAAGAUGCAGAAAGUAUCUCUAAUAGUCCAAACCCAUCCACUGUAUUGACUGAUGCUGUUAUCACCAUUUUAGAAGCGGGUGGUCUUACUGUCGAAACCGUCGGAGAAGAGUUGUUCAUCGUUGGUGACUUACUUAUCACAGAUGUUGGUUAUCUCUGUAAGAUUUUGUGGACUCUUGUUGAUGGUGUUGAAGGUCUUGUUCAAUGUAUCGUAAGUCCAAUUGAUUUAUCACCUGUCUAUGACUUGUUAGAUAGUAUUCUCAAGUUGAUUUGCCCAACAUCCGCAAUUACUGCUUCUUCUUUCCCAUCAAGCAUUGCGUCCUCGGCUAUUCCAUCUGGAUCUCUUCCUCUGGGAGGUAGCUCUUCAACUGUUCCAUCUGGAACUUCGGGCUCAGGAUCUUCAACUUCUACUCCAUCUAGUUCUGGUUCUGACUCUGGUUCCGGUUCCGGCUCAGCUACUGCAUCAGGCUCUGACUCAGGUUCCGGCUCAGGCUCCGCUUCUGCUACUGCAUCAGGCUCUGGCUCAGGUUCAGGUUCAGGUUCCGCUACUGCUACUGCAUCAGGCUCUGGUUCAGGUUCUGGCUCCGCUACUGCAUCAGGUUCUGGCUCUGGCUCAGGUUCAGGUUCUGGCUCCGCUACUGCCUCUGGUUCUGGCUCAGGCUCAGGUUCUGGCUCCGCUACUGCCUCUGGUUCUGGCUCAGGUUCAGGUUCUGGCUCCGCUACUGCCUCUGGUUCUGGUUCUGGCUCCGCUACUGCCUCUGGCUCUGGCUCUGGUUCAGGUUCAGGUUCUGGCUCCGGUACUGCCUCUGGCUCUGGCUCUGGCUCAGGUUCUGGCUCCGCUACUGCAUCAGGCUCUGGUUCUGGUUCUGGUUCUAAAACAAGUUUGGAGGCCAAAGCUGCAACUGCAACAGACUUCUCUACCACAAUUGUUACUAUUACUUCAUGCGAAGAAAAUAAAUGUCAUGAGACUGUUGUACCAACAGGUUUGACUACAGUCACCGAUGUUGAUACUACGUACACCACCUAUUGUCCUUUGACUGCAGCUGAAAGCAGCGAAGCUGAAUCUCCAAAGACAAAGACAGAAAUAAGUACUACUGUCGUGACUGUCACUUCAUGUGAGUCUGACAUAUGCAAAACUAGUGUUGUGCCAACUGGAGUAACCGAGGUCACUGACGAAACCACGACUUAUACCACAUACUGUGCUUUGACUGAGUCAUCAGAAAAGACAGCAGCAGCCUCCUCAUCAGUUGCUCCUGUUUCUACACCUGCCACAGCACCAGUGCCAGUUUCAUCAACAGCUGCAGCUUCAUCCGUUGAAGCAAAUUCUGAAGCAGGAAUCCAGAGCGCAACUGUUCCGGUCGCAGCAACUACUUCAUCUAUCGCGUAUCAGUCAGGCUCCUGGAAUAGUUCCUCAGCUGCCCCCGCUGUAAGCACUAUUGCUGAAGGCAACGGAAAUCACCUUGGUCUUUCAUUCGGUUCUUUAUUUGCUGGUGCUGCUUUCUUAUUGUUGUAA